AGUUCACAUGUAUUCGUAUUUGUUUUGGCUCACGAUGUUUUUUUUAUUAACAAAAUCAAAUUAAGUAAUUAUAGUUAUUUUAUUCUUACAUCUCAUUAAUCAUGCAAAAACAGAAGGACACCUCGUUCAACGAAAAAUUCCGUUUACUGUGCUCACAAUCAAACUCGGAAGAAAUCAGUUGGUCGAGUGAUUCUAGUGAAUAUGAGAAUGUAAGAGAAGAGAGAAUAUUGAACUCGUCACACAAAGCUGUGAAAAGAAAACGUAAGAAAACAGUAUCUAAAAACAUAUCUAACUUAGACAUUAAAUAUACAGAAGGUCAAACUGACUCUGCGGAUGUUUUAAAUACAGAAAAUAAAUUGUUCGAUUCAGAAAUAGAAUACGGCAAUUGUAAUGAAAAUAUAGCAACAUCACCGAUUCUAACGUCUAAGAAUUGUCAUAAGUCAUUUAAAUACACUACUUCACCGAUAAUCAGUCGAAAUAAUUUGAAAUAUACACCAAAAAGUCCUAUUUUAAUGUUAAAAUGUGCAUCACCUAAAUAUUCACCAAAAAUAAGGAAGAAAUUGUUUAAUAAUAAUGAAAACAUAAGUAAAUCUGUUGAUAAAUCAAAUUAUAUUACGAAUAAAGCUCUAAAUAUUAUUAGUACUGAAAAUAUAACUUGUAAUGUACAUAAAGGUCUAAGUUUUAAGAAUAUUAAUCACAAGGUUUCCGAGGAAAAUUACAGAAAAAAUAUAAAUAAAUAUAGUAAAAGAAAUCAAGUUAGUAGUGAAGAAGAUCAAUCUGUAGUGUGUUAUAAUGAACAAGAAGAUGAACAUAAAUAUAAUGAUCAGGACAACUUGAAUAAAAAAAAUGUGAAGACUAUACAUAGUGAAAAGUUACCUAAUAAAACCAAUAUAGAAGAAAGUGUUGUAGAAAAAAAAUCUAUUGUCUCUGGCAGUCUUGAUAACAGUAUUGAAAUGCUAAAAGCUGAGAAUCUAGACUUGAAUUUGGUGAAAAAAGUUAAAACUUACUUUGAUGGAUAUUUUAGUUCAGAAAAUGCAUCACAGCAUUCCAUCAGUGAUGCAUUAACACCGAAAAACAGUUCUAAAAGUAGUGAAGACAUUGAAAUUGUAAGCUCUAUAACACAGGUUAAUGUGACUAAGAACAGUUCAGAAACUGCAAAGGAAGAAAACUGUAUGCCCGACAACAAAACUUCAAAAAAGAUCAAAUAUAAAAAGGAUGGUUUGGCCUACCGUUUAAAUGGAUUAUUAAAAAAACAUAAUGCAAACAUUUCUCUAUGGCACCAUGAAAGAUUCCUGGCCACAAAUUCCAACUUUGUUAUACCAAAAGGAGAACAUAUUGUAUUUCAAAUUUGGAAUGUGCAAUUUAAAUAUGGAUGUUAUUUGUUGGAUGUUAGAAAUGUUGAAAAUAACAGUUUUUUAGUGUUAAUAAAUAAUAAUUAUGUUAAUGAUCUUAGUAUAUCUGAAAAUAUGAUAUUAAAGAUUUAUGAACCAUAUAAUAUAAUAGAUUUGGAUACAAAUUAUAAAAUUAUUAUCAAUGUUUGUAAAUUUGAAUGUUUAGCAGUUGACAUGUAA